UAGGCCUCAAGAAUUGACAUAAUUCGAACUACCUACUAUCUUCAUAACUGAGGACUGAAACUAAAUUUGUUCUCCUAACCUGCCAAGUGCCUGGCGGCAUUUGAGUGGUCUAGGUCACAAGGGCUGCGUGAUAAUGAGCAACAUCAGGAAGUAUUCUGUCUGCGUUGGUCGAGAGAAGGGUUUCAAGAAAACAAAAAAUAUUCGUCCUAAAAAGCCUUCAAAUAGAAGAGGGCGAUUAACUAAACAAGCAAAGUUUGCACGAAGUCUAAUACGUGAGGUAGUAGGCUUUGCUCCAUUUGAGAAGCGUAUGCUUGAGUUGUUGAAAAACGAUAAGGAAAAAAGAGCACUCAAAUUUGCUAAGCGUCGCAUUGGUGGACAUAGAAGAGCUAAAAAGAAAAGGGAAGAGUUGAUGACUAUUGUCAAGAGUAUGAGAAUGAAUUGAUUGGUUUCAUCGAAUCUUAGUCUUGACAUCGUUAUGUCAAGGUUUCUUUCUUUUUUGGUCGUAUACUUGCUUUAAUUGCUUACGCACCAAGACAGUGGUUGUGCUGAAUAUAUCUGCUAGAUGUACGUGAGCUAGUUACAUUGCAUAUUUUUCGCAGCUAUUCAAGCACUGUAUAUGAUUUAGAGUAACAUCGAGGUUUGCUGACAUUUGCUUAA